UCGCGUCGCGCCGCCGUUAAGUGGAAGUGUCCGCUCAGGGCACCUGAAGGAGACUUGGAGACACCUGUGCUGCACUCCUCGGCUCGUUGGAGGUUCGCAGCUGCAGCCACUGCCUGCGCUCCAUGAGGAAGAUGCUCGCCGCCGUCUCUCGCGUGUUGUCGGGCGUCGCCCAGAAGCCGGCAAGCAGAGUGCUGGUGGCAUCCCGUCAUUUUGCAAAUGAUGCUACUUUCGAAAUUAAGAAAUGUGAUCUUCACCGGCUGGAAGAGGGCCCUCCUGUUACUACAGUGCUUACCAGGGAGGACGGGCUCAAAUACUACAGGAUGAUGCAGACCGUUCGCCGAAUGGAGUUAAAAGCAGAUCAGCUGUAUAAACAGAAAAUUAUUCGUGGUUUCUGUCACUUGUGUGAUGGUCAGGAAGCUUGUUGUGUAGGCCUGGAGGCUGGCAUCAACCCCACAGACCAUCUGAUCACAGCCUACCGGGCUCAUGGCUUUACCUUUACCCGUGGACUCUCUGUUCGGGAGAUUCUGGCAGAGCUUACAGGACGAAGAGGUGGUUGUGCUAAAGGAAAAGGAGGAUCGAUGCAUAUGUACGCCAAGAAUUUCUACGGAGGCAAUGGCAUCGUGGGAGCUCAGGUGCCCCUGGGAGCUGGGAUUGCUCUGGCCUGUAAGUAUAAUGGAAAAGACGAGGUCUGUUUGACUUUGUAUGGUGAUGGCGCUGCUAAUCAGGGUCAGAUAUUCGAAGCUUACAAUAUGGCAGCUUUGUGGAAAUUGCCUUGUAUUUUCAUCUGUGAGAAUAACCGCUAUGGGAUGGGAACAUCUGUGGAGAGAGCAGCAGCCAGCACUGAUUACUACAAGAGAGGCGACUUUAUUCCUGGGCUGAGGGUAGAUGGAAUGGAUAUCCUGUGUGUCCGGGAGGCCACAAAAUUUGCAGCUGCCUAUUGUAGAUCUGGAAAGGGGCCUAUACUGAUGGAGCUGCAGACUUACCGUUACCAUGGACACAGCAUGAGCGAUCCUGGAGUGAGUUACCGGACCCGAGAAGAGAUUCAGGAAGUUAGAAGUAAGAGUGACCCUAUCAUGCUCCUCAAGGACAGGAUGGUGAACAGCAAUCUCGCCAGUGUUGAAGAAUUAAAGGAAAUUGAUGUGGAAGUGAGAAAAGAAAUUGAGGAUGCUGCUCAGUUCGCUACUGCUGAUCCGGAACCGCCUUUGGAAGAGCUCGGCUAUCACAUCUACUGCAACGAUCCACCUUUUGAAGUCCGGGGCGCAAACCAGUGGAUCAAGUUUAAGUCCAUCAGUUAAGGCGAGAUACACACACCUUCAGGGAGUUCUUUGGCAGCAAGUGUAAGGAAUGCUUUGUGUUCUCAACUUUGUCAAGGAGGAAAACCCAUAGAGAGAAGGUGUGUAGAUUGAGAUAGUGUUUGCAUGUGGUUUGUACGGUGUUGCAUUAAAAGAGGUGAUCGCACACAUAAGGUUAUUUUAGUUCUAUAGGUCUAAAAUAGGUAAUAGUUUGCUUAACCCUCCAAAUUAUUUCUUUAAAAUAGUUCUAUUUGAUUUAGUUGUAUACUAGUUUUAACACAUACUUUAGUUACUAAGGGCUUCCCUUGUGGUUCAGCUGGUAAAGAAUCUGCCUGCAAUGUAGGAGACCCCGGUUCGAUUCCUGGGUCGGGAAGAUCCCCUGGAGAAAGGAAAGGCUACCCACUCCAGUAUUCUUGGGCUUCCCCUGUGGCUCAGCUGGUAAAGAAUCCGCCUGCAAUGCAGGAGACCUGGGUUCAAUCCCUGGGUUGGGAAAAUGCCUUGGGGAAAGGAAAGGCUACCCACUCCAGUAUUCUGGCCUGGAGAAUUCCAUGGACUGUAUAGUCCAUGGGGUCACAAAGAGUUGGACACGAGUGAGCAACUUUCAUUGUAACUCAGUUUCCAAAAGGAAAAACGAUUCCUUGUAUGUCUGUCCAACUCUGCCACCACCUUGUGGAGGGAUCAGUGUCCUGUCCCUCGCAGUGCCCAACAGCUCACCUAGUGUACCCUAAUGUGCACACACACCCCUGUUAGUGUGCACGUCGGUGCUGAAGCCUGUUCACACUGAACCAUCAUUUCUCCUUAGUAAAACACGAUUAUUUAUUAUAACUUGGCAGGGGUGGAAGGACAAUUCCAUGUUUAAAUAUAACUACUUCAUUUCAAAGGCCAAAUAAGUUAGUUUUCUCCAUUUAUACAUUCAAUAUAAAUAUGAAGCUAUUUUCUUAACAGUUUCUAUUUACAUUCAUAUCAAACAUUAUUAAAUACAAGGCAGAGUCUUAUUGAUUUUAUCUUUUUCUAAUUUUAAGUGCAAUUCCAGUUAAUGUAUGGAAUGUAUAAUUGAAACAGUGAUUCCCAGCCUUUUUGUUAAACAUUUUUCCAUAAUUCUUUAGAACUUCAAGUUCUUAAAUCUGUUCAAUGAACAGUGGUGUUUUCCUUGUGGAAUCACAGCAAGAUUGGUGUGUAUGUAACAGAAGCUUUAACAAAGAUGUCAGCUCUGACUUCCCUCUAUCCCCCAUGUGGCUGAUUAUUAAGCCUCAUCUUGGGUUGCUGGGGCCUCCUGAGCCCGUCUUCUGUACUGGGAGACAGCAGUCCAGAGCCUGCAGAGAAGGCCACCGCUACGAACAAACAGAAGUCUUCCUUAGAGUGAGUCAUAAGAAAAGAUAACUUCAAAGCAGUACCACACAAUACUUCUUUAGGAGCCCUUAUGGCAAAAGCUAUAUAGUAUGUACUUCUAGACUUGUCUAGUUUUGCUGGCUAGUCUUAAAAAUGCAGUCUCUAACUUAAAAACUAAAAUAGGGAUAUGUUCCCUUCACAUAUGGAAAUGAAAUUUCUACCCCAGCACAAGUGGGAUGUGGCCUUAGAGGUAUGUACAGGAGUGCCAGGGCAUCUGUGCUAAGUAGGCUAUUAAAGAUGACCAGUGGAGGAGAAUGAAAGGGUUUGCGUGUAGCCUGCUGUCAACUCCUGUCUUUCCUCAUUCCACUCCCAGCCUGGCAGUCUGUUUGUUGACUUUGCCUACUGGGCCUUUAGCUUCUGCUCCCUCUCAGCUUUUCCCCAACUUUACCCUUGGAAACUCCAGAUUUUGGAAUGAGGUUGGGUAGUUUUUGUUUUCUAAGGGAAAGGGGGAAAGUAACCAGCACUUUGUUUUCUACUGCUUUUAUGUAAAAGCCUAACCACACCAAAAAAGCCGUUUUCUGUUACACAAAAUGUUUUGAGGCUAUUCUUACCGUAGUCUAAGGUACCUUAGGUCUUCCUUAGUGAUAUCAUUAAGAAUAUCAGACAGUGUGUAACCCUCUUCAAGAAUCUGAAACAAAGAUCACAUACAUCAAGAGCUAAGCAGCUUUGUAAUAACAGCCUAGGAAUGGUUUGGUUCUCAGCUUACCUUUUCAAUUGUUCUUGUAUCCGCUCCUUGCAGUUGCAACCAAUCGACAAGCUCUUUAUCUGUUCGCUGCUCAUGAGACCCAGGAGGGGACACUGAGUUCUCUGUAAUGAUUAGAAAUGUGUUAUGUUGUAUACUGAUGUGUAACAGUAAAAGUCUUUGAGUAGCAAGUUGGAUGAAAUAAACUAUUCCAGAAUGUAA